UUCCUUCAGGUACAUGCUGAGGAAAUUUCUGGAAACAAUGGGUAUGUGGAGCUCUCCUUCUGCGCUAAGAAGCUCGAUGAUAAGGAUCUCUUCAGCAAAUCUGACCCAUUUCUGGAAAUAUUUCGAAUCAAUGACGAUGGGACCGAGCAGCUUGUCCACAGAACUGAGGUGAUCAAAAACAACCUGAAUCCAGUGUGGGAGCCCUUCAAAGUGUCACUCAUGUCUCUGUGCAGCUGUAACGAAGAGCAAAAGCUCAAGUGUCUCGUGUGGGAUUACGACUCCAGGGGGAAGCAUGAUUUCAUCGGAGAGUUCUACGCCACAUUCAGGGAAAUGCAGAAAAUUUCCAGUGGAAAUAAGGUAUCGUGGGAUUGUGUGAAUCUCAAAUACAAGCAGAAGAAGAGAAACUAUAAAAAUUCAGGCGUUGUUAUUCUCACUGACCUCAAGCUCCACAGAGUGUAUUCCUUCUUAGAUUACAUUAUGGGAGGAUGCCAGAUUCAUUUUACAGUUGCCAUUGACUUCACGGCCUCCAAUGGAGACCCCAGGAACAGCUGCUCCCUGCACUACAUUAACCCAUACCAACCCAACGAGUACCUAAAGGCUCUGAUAGCAGUAGGGGAGAUCUGCCAGGACUAUGACAGCGACAAACGAUUUUCAGCUUUGGGCUUUGGUGCCAGGAUUCCUCCAAAUUAUGAGGUGUCCCAUGACUUUGCCAUUAAUUUCAACCCAGAUGAUGAUGAAUGUGAAGGGAUCCAAGGAGUGGUUGAGGCAUACCAGAACUGCCUUCCUAAGAUCCAGCUGUACGGUCCAACAAACAUUUCUCCGAUCAUUAACAGGAUAGCCAAGGUGUCAGCAGGAGAUGGCAACAUUAAAGAUGCUUCUCGAUACCACAUCCUGCUCAUCCUCACAGACGGUGUGGUGACAGACAUGGCUGACACACGUGAAGCCAUUGUUCGAGCCUCCUAUCAGCCUCUCUCCAUUAUCAUCGUUGGUGUGGGCAAUGCCGACUUCACAGACAUGCAGAUUCUGGACGGAGACGAUGGAGUCCUGCGGUCACCAAAGGGCGAACCGGUCCUCAGGGACAUUGUGCAAUUUGUGCCCUUCCGAGACUUCAAAACGGCUUCACCUGCAGCCCUGGCCAAGUGUGUUCUAGCAGAAGUACCUGGUCAAGUAGUUGAGUAUUUUAGCCAUAAGGCCAUACCCCCACUGAGUCCAAUGAGGGAAUUACUUAGCCCCAUCCUGAGCCCAGUGGCCACCACCCCAACAGAAUAACUGCAUUCUCAGUUCCUGUAAAGAACUUUUGAGCGCAGCACCAGUCUGGCAGACCAACGGGGGAAGAAGAUGCAUGCCUGACGACUUUGAAAAAGAACUCAAGAGAAAGUCUUUCUAAAUGUGUUUAAUUAUCUUAUUAUUUU